GGGCAGUGGACAGCCCAACGCGCCGCGGGACCCGGGAUCCUGCGCGCCGGUCUGCGGGGCGGGGCAGGGCAGGGCGCACCGGGCAGGGCGCGCCGGGGGCCGCCACCCCACCAUGCUCAAGCGCUGCGGCCGACGCCUGCUGCUGGCGCUGGCGGGCGCGCUGCUCGCCUGCCUGCUGGUGCUCACGGCGGACCCGCCCCCGCCCCCGGUGCCCGCCGAGCGCGGCCGGCGAGCGCUGCGCAGCCUGGCGGGCCCCGCGGGGGCGGCCCCGGCUCCCGGGCUGGAGGCGGCGGAGGCGGCGGCGGCUCCCGCUGCGCUCGCCCGCGAGGUGCACAGUCUGUCCGAGUACUUCAGCCUGCUGACCCGCGCGCGCAGAGACGCGGGCCCGCCGCCCGGGGGCGCCCCCCGCCCCGCCGACGGCCACCCGCCGCCCCCAGCGGAGCCGCUGGCGCCCCACGACGUCUUCAUCGCGGUCAAGACCACCAGAAAGUUUCACCGCGCGCGCCUCGACCUGCUGCUGGAGACCUGGAUCUCGCGCCACAAGCAGAUGACGUUCAUUUUCACCGACGGGGAGGAUGAAGCCCUGGCCAGGCGCACCGGCAACGUGGUGAACACCAACUGCUCAGCUGCCCACAGCCGCCAGGCCCUGUCCUGCAAGAUGGCCGUGGAGUUCGACCACUUCAUGGAGUCCGGGAGGAAGUGGUUUUGUCACGUGGAUGAUGACAACUACGUCAACGUCAGGGCUUUGCUGCGGCUGCUGGCCAGCUACCCGCACACCCAGGACGUUUACAUUGGCAAGCCCAGUCUGGACAGGCCCAUCCAGGCCACGGAGAGGGUCAGCGAGAACACGAUGCGUCCCGUCCACUUCUGGUUUGCCACCGGUGGGGCUGGCUUCUGCAUCAGCCAGGGGCUGGCCCUGAAGAUGAGCCCGUGGGCCAGCAGGGGCCACUUCAUGAACACGGCCGAGCGCAUCCGCUUGCCGGACGACUGCACCAUCGGCUACAUCGUGGAGGCCCUCCUGGGGGUGCCCCUCAUCCGCAGCGGGCUCUUCCACUCCCACCUGGAGAACCUGCAGCAGGUGCCGGCCUCGGAGCUCCACGAGCAGGUGACCCUCAGCUACGGCAUGUUUGAAAAUAAGCGGAACGCCAUCCACGUGAAGGGGCCCUUCUCCGUGGAGGCCGACCCGUCCAGGUUCCGCUCCAUCCACUGCCACCUGUACCCAGACACGCCCUGGUGUCCUCACACCAGCAUCUUCUAGCCGCCACGGCUGAGACCCCGUCCUCGGGCGCCCCUGGUAUCCAAAGGCCCCGGGGACCCGUGUUGUGCCGCCCUGGCCUUGGCGUUCGAGGCUCCCCGGGGCUGUGCCUACGUCUGUGUGUGUGCCGUGCGCCGGUCCGUGGAGCAGACUGCUGGGCGGUCCUGUUCUGCCAGGGAGCGGGCAAAAGGGCCACUUGUCUGCGUUCCCACGUGCCUCUGUGCCUCGGGUCAGCGGGCUCCAGAGCCCCAUCCCGGAAGCACGUGCCUGCAUCGGAGGUCGCUCUGAGGGCAGUUUUCUUACCAUCUCAGAGUCUUAGAGCAACAUGGGGAUUGGGGGCUGCUCUGCGUGGACCUGCAGGCUCUGUGCUGGGGCACCUGCGCCCUGAGAUCCUGGCCCCUCCUCAGAGCCCCCGGGACAACUGAGUGUUGCUCAGUGCAGGGAAGCCGGGUUCUGUAGGGGGCGUCCCGAGCCCCCUUCUCCCACUGAGCUCUGGCCCAGGCACUGGGAAGCAGAGAAACAGCACCUGGGUCCAGCCACUCCUUUAAGCUCCUAGGGGCCGUGUGGCUAGGGGAACAGUGGCUCCCCUCCCGGCCGUCCUGGGUGGGGAGUCUCUCCAGCCCUCUCUGGUGUCUUCUCUUUGUCUCUUCCCACGAUGGGGAGACAGAGCUGAGCAUUUUAUCUCCUCUUUGAAGCAGAGAGAAAGUCGCCCAUAGUGGGUGUGUCUGUAAAUAUUGUGACAGUAUUUUUUUACUGUGCUGGUUUCUCAUAAGGGGGUGGGUAAAAAGUAGGGUGUUUUGUCGUUUUUUCUUGGGGGGGGGGCAGGUGUUAUUUUAUCUUUUCUGUGGAUCAGAAAAAGCAGAAGCCAAACGUGAGAUAUCUUUGUCGUUAAAGCUGAUGGAAAUGUCCAACACUGCACGUAUUUAUAUGUCCCGGGCUCUGGACUCUCCUCCCCCACCUCGUGCAUAGUACCUGUCUCCCACAGGCCCAGCAUGGUGCACCUGGCCCGUGGGAUGUGUUUUGUCUUCUGUUUUUCCUUCUGCAAAGACAUAGGUAGGAAAGCGACAGAUAAUGGGAAAGUUCUCAGGGAAUUGAAGUGUGGUUGCUAUGGUGACGUCCUUUGCUGUGAAUAAAAGUGCUCUUUGGGGCAACCCCA